AUGGUGGUGUUAGAAGGCGGCGGGGCCCUCUUGGAGCCGGCACUGGCGCUGGACGGUGCGGCCGCCGCAUGCCUAGAACGCGCUUAUGCACAGGCGGAUGUUUCGCUAAAACUUUUACCAAAACGUUAUAUCAAUUUACACCAGUGGCUGUCGCCAGUGACGACUUCUGUCACAGCCGCCGCUGCAGCUGGAAAAGAUCUAAAGCUUCAAAUUCAAUUGUUCCGGUCUCAACAAGCUGCUGCAGCGGGUGGCCAGGCAGCUGCAGCUCAAUUGCAGCUUCUGCAGCAACAACAACAGCAGCAAUUUCAAUUACAACAACAGUUAGCAGCCCAACAGGCUUUUACACAAGCACCUUACGUUAUCAAUGCUGGUCAGGAGGGUGCACCUUACGUGAGCGCAUUAAUAGCGGGCGUGCCGCCGUACUAUGGAGUCGCUGCGCCGUGGGGCGUGUACCCCGGCCUCGUAGCACAACCCGCACAACAGCAAGCACAACAACCGCGACGGCCACUGACUCCUCAGCAGGGUGAGCAACAAGUGAACGGCCAGGGACAGUAUGUGAUCCCCUACUAUGAUCCGGGCUCACUUGUAAUGGGUGGACGCAACGGCACGCCCUUGCGGCUAGUGUCACCGGGAGGCGUACUAGCGCCGCGCCAGUACCAGCCGGCGCCCGCGCAUCCAGCCGCUUCUGCCGCGCCACCGCAAGCAGCGCAAACCCAACAGCCGCAGCCUGGCGGAGCGACGCAGGCUCGGCGUGACUCGCUGGAGUUUGGCGGCGGCGGGCCGGCUGCGGCGCUGCAGGAAUAUGCGGCACGCAAGUGGGGACCUUCGCCACUGUCACCGCCGCUGGGCGCCGCGUUGGGCCCCGUGGGGCUCCGGCCAGUGUCCGCCGCACCCGGCGCUGAGACCGCCAAGUACAGAGCUGUGAGCAGUUUAGCGCAAGGUCUCACAUCAAACGGAAUGUUUGGAUCCUCUUCAUCACUCCUCAGCAAACUCAGUGGAGUAGGAACUAUAUCAGAACUGGUGGGCGGAGGCGUGGGCGUGGGCGGCGUGAGCGUAGGCGUGGGCGGCGUGGGCGUGGGCGCACUCGUCGGAGACAAACCUCCUGCAGGCCGUUCACGGCUACUGGAAGACUUCCGCAACAAUCGCUUCCCCAACCUGCAAUUAAGAGAACUUGCCAAUCAUAUUGUCGAAUUUUCACAAGAUCAGCACGGCUCUAGAUUUAUUCAACAGAAACUGGAAAGGGCAACAGUUCAAGAGAAACAAAUGGUGUUUAAUGAAAUCAUCGGCGCUGCUUAUAGCCUAAUGACAGAUGUGUUUGGAAAUUACGUCAUACAAAAAUUUUUCGAGUUUGGAACAACAGAACAGAAAACAACAUUGGCACAAAAGGUUCGCGGGCAUGUGUUAAACCUAGCAUUACAAAUGUAUGGAUGCCGGGUUAUCCAGAAAGCGCUAGAGUCCAUUCCGGCUGAGCAACAACAAGAAGUAGUGCGUGAGCUAGACGGCCACGUACUCAAGUGUGUGAAGGACCAAAACGGCAAUCAUGUUGUUCAAAAAUGUAUCGAGUGUGUGGAGCCGACGGCUCUGCAAUUUAUAAUAAAUGCUUUCGCGGGACAAGUGUACGCAUUGUCGACGCACCCCUACGGCUGCCGCGUCAUCCAGCGCAUCCUCGAGCACUGCACGGGCGAGCAGACCGCGCCCGUGCUCAGCGAGCUGCACGCGCACACGGACCAGCUCAUCCAGGACCAGUACGGCAACUACGUCGUGCAGCACGUUCUGGAGCACGGCGCGCCCGAGGACCGCUCGCGCCUCGUCGCCGCCGUCCGCGGCAAGGUGCUGCAGCUCUCGCAGCACAAGUUCGCCUCCAACGUCGUCGAGAAGUGCGUCUCCCACGCCACGCGCACUGAGCGCGCACUGCUCAUCGACGAGCUCUGUGGCUUCAACGACAAUGCUCUCCACGUGAUGAUGAAAGAUCAGUACGCGAACUAUGUGGUGCAGAAGAUGAUCGACGUGGCGGAGCCGACACAGCGCAAGGUGUUGAUGCACAAGAUCCGGCCGCAUAUCGGGUCGCUCCGCAAGUACACUUACGGCAAGCACAUCAUCGCGAAACUUGAGAAAUUCUUCAUGAAAGCGCCGGAACUGGGGCCUAUCGGGCCGCCGCCUCCGAACCCUGUGCUGUAG